AUGGGUGGUAUCCCUGGUCCGCUUGGGAUCAACGCCUGCCAUGGUUUUGGUGGUAACCAGCUCAUACGACUCAACACAGAAGGACAACUGGCGCAGGGAGAGUGGUGUCUGACACCAAAAGGAGUUCGUGUUGAGGCCAAUCACUGUGUGAAAGGAACUGUCAAUGGACCUUGGGCCUAUGAUGAGGAGACUGGCCACAUAAUUUACACACGUUCGCGUACUUGCCUCACAGUGGACAAACCCACUCAGGGCGAUCUCACAUUGACUCGAUGUGUUGUCGAUGAACCGCUACAAAAGUUUGUAUGGACUGAGUUUUACCAGUGA